GAAGACAGAAAAUUGAACACAAGUCCAUGAUAGACAAGCAAGGCUCGCCAUGUUUCACUGUUAAGCAUUUAGUCCAUUUUUUUCUAUAAGAGCUCCACUCUGAGCCGAAGUCGCCUCUCCGAAGCGCAGAGAGAGAGCUCAUCUGGCUUCCCCUGUGUCGGGCGUGCGAGCGUGUGGCGGAUCUUGAAGGAGAUACAGAGCAGAGGUGCUGCUGUGCUGCAGAUGACAGAAUGGCCCAGAGCGCCGCGGGAAAGUCGAAUAAAGAGCAGAAAUACGAUCGACAGCUCAGAUUGUGGGGAGACCACGGACAAGAAGCCCUGGAAAAUGCACACGUGUGUUUGAUCAACGCUACUGCCACAGGGACUGAAAUACUCAAGAAUCUGGUGCUGCCAGGUAUUGGCGCGUUCACCAUUGUAGAUGGACAUAAAGUCACCGGUGAAGAUGUGGGAAAUAACUUUUUCCUGAGCAUCAGCAGCAUCGGAAAGAACCGAGCUCAGGCUGCUACGGAACUGCUGCAGGAGCUCAACAGUGACGUCUCGGGGAACUUUGUGGAAGAGAGUCCAGACAAGCUCUUGGACAAUGACCCAGAGUUCUUCCAUCGGUUCAGCUUGGUGAUUGGUGUGCAGCUAAUUGAGAGCACAUGCCUGAGGCUGGCGGGCGUCUUGUGGAAUGCUGGAGUUCCCUUCCUGGUGUGUAAGACAUAUGGUCUGGUUGGCUACAUGAGACUGGCAGUGAAAGAACACACAGUGGUUGAAUCCCAUCCAGACAAUGCUCUUGAAGACCUGAGGCUGGACCAGCCAUUUGCAGAACUGAAGAAUCACAUUCAGUCUUAUGACCUGGAUAACAUGGAUAAAAAGGAUCAUAGUCAUACACCAUGGAUCAUUGUGGUUGCCAAAUACCUUGAAAAAUGGUACAAUGAGCACAAUUAUCAGUUACCGAAGAAUUACAAGGAGAAAGAAGCGUUCCGACAGCUUAUUCGAGAAGGGAUCUUGAAGAACGAGAACGGAGUUGCUGAGGAUGAGGAGAACUUUGAGGAGGCAAUCAAGAACGUCAACACUGCCCUGAACCCCACAAAGAUUCCAAGCACGGUGCAGGACAUCCUCAAUGCAGAAGGCUGGAAGAACAUUACGGCUCAGACACCAGCCUUUUGGGUGAUGGCGCGGGCUGUGAAGGAGUUUGUGGAGAAUGAAGGAGAAGGGAAACUACCUGUGCGGGGGACCAUUCCAGACAUGAUUGCUGAUUCAGAGAAGUUCAUCAACCUUCAGAAUGUUUACAGAGAAAAGGCAAUGCAAGAUGCAUCAGUGGUGUCCAAGCACGUAGAAUCCCUUCUACAAUCUGUUGGAAAGCCUCCGGAGAGCAUCUCUGAGCAAGAGAUCAGAUUGUUCAGUAAGAAUGCUGCUUUCCUGAGAGUGGUGCGUUGCAGGUCCCUGGCCGAUGAGUGUAGUGUGGAGUUGGUAAACAAGGACGAGAUCAGGCCUUUUGUUUCCACAGCCUCUUGCAUGGACAAUCCUGAUAGUGAAAUGGUGCUGUACCUCAUGCUGAGGUCUGUUGACCGCUUUUUCCAGCAGCAUUCCCGCUACCCAGGUGUCUACAAUUAUCAAGUUGAAGAAGACAUUGGCAAAUUGAAGCUGUGUGUUAACAGCCUUCUUCAAGAAUAUGGCUUGAAUGUAAAUGUGAAAGAUGAUUACAUUCAUGAGUUCUGUCGAUAUGGUGCCAGUGAACUGCACACCGUAGCGUCCUUUUUAGGAGGAUGUGCUGCUCAAGAGGCCAUCAAAAUGAUCACUCAUCAGUUUGUACCUUUCAACAACACCUUCAUUUACAAUGCCAUGUCCCAGACAUCUGCCACUUUCCAGCUGUGAAAUACAGCUGUCCUACAUUGCUGUUCUGCUAACUUUUCUUAAAUGUAUUAAAUGUUUAAUG